AUGUAUAUACAAUAUUUCUAUAUGUCAGAACUAUGUUUUUUUUUUCAGGAUACACUACAGCAUACUUUGAAGAGUUGUCCUGUGCCAAAUCAAGAAAGAAGGCACCUUUUGCCUGGAAUCAUGGCACCAUCAGCAUCCACUGGUCAGAAAGUCAACCUGAAGGGGUACAAGACCCUACCCCAUGCUAUUCAGCUGGUAACGAUGAUGUCGGGGACGUCUUCAGCUUCAACAUUGACGAUUGGGGACCAGAACAAGAAGUUCAAGGUGAGCCGUGCUUUGACGUGGAUGGUGGUUAUCUGCAUACCGGCUACUUUCAUUGCCAUCACAGCAGGUUCGGCCUACAGGAUGUAUAACAAACCCAUCUGGGCCGCCGGCUUCCCAUCGAGGCUGCCAGUUGUCUUGAUGUUGGGAGCUUACCUGGCAGUGGUGAACCUGGCGCUGGGGUACUUGACCCUCUACUUGCCACAGGCACCCUUCGCUGUGUGGAAAGCUCUGGAUGAUGUUGGUCUCAGGUUGAUUGGCCUUGCCGUUAUCUUAAUCUCUGGCCCUGUUUUGUUGUCUGCCCAGGCGUGGCUGCACAUCAUCUGGGCUUGCCUUCUUGGCGUCCUCAUUGCUGCCAUCCUUGCCUUCUGUGUCUGUCUUGCUCGGACGUACAGCAAGUAG